GACCUCCUUCCAUAAAGGGGCCGCAGAAGGGAGUUGAGACUGGACAGAUGGUCAGCUUCACUUGUGAGUCACUUGGUGACCAGGACACCAGCAUCACAUGGCUGAAAGGUGAGACGACUGUGUCUGGAGGGCAAAAGAUGAGCUGGAGUGAUGGGACCAGAAGUGAACUCAAAGUGACUCUGUAUAAGAAUGAUGUGAAAUCCAGAAUCUACUGCCAGAUCCCGGGAUACAGAGGAGGUUUUGUGCCAUCAGAUGCUCUCAACUUCAGCACCUUCAUCUUGGUGAUACCCGAAGUGACAAUUCAGAAGACGAGCGUGGAGGACUCACACAACAGUCCCAGUUUCUACUGUAAAAUCAGUGGGUUUUACCCUGAUGACAUUAAGGUGAUGUGGCUCCUAGAGGGACAGACACUGAACUCCACCCUGUUCAACAGUAUCAAAAAUCUGGAUGGGACAUUUACAGCCUUUACUUUAAUAGAUGUUAUCGUCACAAAUGAAGUAAAGCAGCUCACCUGUGUUGUGACACAAAUUGGAAACCACAACGUGACACACAGCGUUGAGUUUGCUAAGAGGAGUUCAGGUGAUGAGGAAAAUGUCGUCACUCCACCAGCUUGCCAUGUGCCAUUGUGGUUCAUCUUCAUACUGGUAAAAGUGUGUCUCUUUGUGACGAUCAAUGCUUGCUUCUGUUUGGCUGUGAAGAGAGAAACACGGAGAAAGAGAAAGUGAUCAGGCAUGAAGCAGGAGUAGCAGGCACUAAAUGAAGACGCUCCCUUCUCUGGUCAUCAAGACAAAGAACAUCUGUCUGUGCAAACAUUUAUUUAGUCAUCCAGUUUUUGAUGCUAAAUUUUGAAAUAAACUCAGAUUCUGAAGCUA